UUUGGAUCACGAAGAGGAAGCAGAGGGGUCAGGCUUCGCCUCGCUUUUAUUUUGAAAACGCUAGCUUUUAUUUGGAAAGGAAAAAGUAGCAACUAUGGGAUCGGACGGCUCCUUUUCCGUGGUAGGCGUCGCGUAGACGUCGAGCAAAGUUUAUCUGUCGGCUCUCACUCGUCCACAGCGAAAGCGGUGAGAUGAAUUGUCGGGCGGACAUGUUAGCAAAGGACAUGUUGGAUCUGGAAGAAGACGAAGACCUGGAGGUGUUCAGUAAGAAAUUAUUACUGACAGACGAGGAUCCCGUGGCCAACUCUCCCAGCUCGAUGCUCAACCAGUACCAACUGGAUGAAGAUGAACAGCAGACCGGCGGCGCCAAAGACUUGCUUGUGACGGUCGACAGUCCAGAGAGUCGCGUCACAGCUAUUGAGACCUUCAUCGUGUACAGAGUGGUGACCAAGACGGCGAGGAGUGAGUUUGACUCGUGCGAGUACGAGGUGCUCCGUCGCUACCAGGACUUCCUUUGGCUACGAAGCCGACUGGAAGAAAGCCACCCGAGCCUCAUCGUCCCCCCUCUUCCGGAGAAGUUUGUGAUGAAAGGCAUGGUGGAGCGCUUCACCGACGACUUCAUCGACACCAGGAAGAAAGCCCUGCACCGCUUUCUCAAUAAGAUCGCCGAGCAUCCCACCCUGUCGUCCAGUCGCCACUUUCGACUCUUCCUGACUGCUCAGGUAGGACACACGUCGGCGCAGACCAAUCCUCAAUAAA